CAGUCUUUUAAAAAACUGUACCAUAGGAUCAAAAAGUAAUUGUAAAGCAGGUUUUCCUAAGUCAUGAGAGAACUGUGCAAUAGCAGGUGUUUAUUAAAGACAUAUAACCUUAACUAUAAUAUCCUGUUGUUUCUUAGCUCUAAAUAUAUUAUCACAGAUUCUUAUAGGCAUAUGAUUUUAAUGGAAGAAAGCAGGGCAAAGAAAUCUGCACUUGUCUAAAAAGCAUUUUGUAAAAAUAACUGCCUUCUUCCUUUGGACUGAAAUGUUCUAUGUAUGUUGGAGUCUAUACCAAAAGUCAGAUUUUAGGCUGUUAGUUGCAGUUCUUCGGAUUAAUUUCAAUUGAUGAGGAGCAAGAUGCAGUUUAGUAAGAAGAAAUCCAGGAAUUUAAGCAGGAGUCAUAGCUUCUUGAAACUUAUUUCUUUGAUUAUAUGAAAUUAAUUUGAACGGAAUAAAGUAUAUGAAAUUCUACCAGAGAUCUUGAACUCAUAAUUUCAAAUGAAUGGCUUCUGACUUCUCUCAGUAUGUACACUCUGCAACCAGUUCACUGGACUACUGACAUGACAGAUGGUACUCUGCACUUUGCACUGUGGUGUUAAGCCUCAAGAUAGGGAUAAAAUGAAAACCGGAUUGCUUUAUUUCAAUGAAAAUCCCAUCUGGAAGGGUUUUUUUUUACUGACUUUGUCCUCUUGUCUUCAUAUUUUCUCAUGAAACUAGAUAUUUCAGUAACUAUUAACAGACAACCUGAAUUUUAGAGACAAUAAUACUAUUUUUAAAAGUCUGAUGCUGGUGAAAAUUGUUUCCCUGAUUUGCUGUGACUUUUUAUUUGGGUACAAAGGUAAUGAGCUGCUCCCUAAAAUAGUCAUGUUUAAAUUAUCACAUAUUCAUAGUAAAACAUAAAAAUGACUGUUGAGAAUCCAUGGUAUUCUUGGGUUUUUAUAUAAUAUGAACUAGAGCAUAAUAUUAACUUUGAAGUGGUAGAAUACCUGAAAUUUCAUACAUUUAUCACAAAAAGUGUAAAUUAUAGUUUGUAGCGAAUUUUGUUAGAAACUGUAAAACAUGCCUGGAAUUUUGAUAGUUAUUUUUUAAUACUCGAUCAGUUCAAAGAAAUGUUCCUUUGAAUGACUUAUGAAACUUUAAGUCUUAAAUGAAUUAUUUGAGAUGUUGUGAAUAAUUGAAAAUGACAUUUUUGGUAUUUUGUGUAAAAUGAACCAUUGCAUUAAUUGUGUGAAGCUAUAAUUUUCUCUAUACACAAAUACCUGAAAGAAGAACAUGUCUGGAGCACCUCAAAUCCAUAUUUUCUAUGGAGCACCCAUUCUUCCAGCGGUUGUUGAGAAAUCCAGAGAAGAGAAGUUUUCAACAACAACUUCUGGAAUGUGGAGAAAACUUUGUAUUUCAUUUACCAAAGACACUUCUUACUUUGAUACUAGAAAAUGCAGGUAUCCUGAUCAUGCAGAGUGUCAGAUGCUGGAUGAUGCUGGCCACUCCAAAGAUCCAUUAACAGCAAAAAAAUGUAGAUUGCCAGAUGUUUUAUUCACAGGCUCUGCAGCUGAUGUUAAAAGUAUAGAAUCCUUCAGCAAUAAAACUAAGGAAAGGGAUAAGUCAGCUAGCAGCAUUCAUCUUGCCUUUGGAAGUACAAGCAAAGAGAACGACAUGAAUUGUCUUACAUGUGAUCAGCUUCCCAGUCAAUUAAAAAUAAGUGAACAACGAGGCAGAAAAUCUGAAGAUGCUGAAGGAGAGGCCAGCUGCACUGUAUGCAGUCACCUUGAUAUUUCUCCCUGGACUUUUCUCACUUCUCAGGCUGAUAAGCCGUUAGAUGUCCAGUGUGAUUCUCCCCAACUCCUGAGUCAAUACCUAGAGAUACAUCCACAAAUAAUGGGAGAAUCAAAGCCUGGAAAAACAUGUAAUGUGUCUUCAAGCCUUGCCAUAUCAACAGACACUGAAUUUCAUAGUAUUCUGGCUGCAAGCCAAGUUGCUUUACUUUCAGGAAGGUGUGUUGUAGGACAAAAUGAAAUACAAAGCAAAUCUGCAAAGAGGACAGGAAUGAAAUUGUUUGAACCUCAGAGGAAUGAUGAAGUAGCUAUAGAUUCAUAUGUUCCAUUAAAAGAGAUUAAUGAUCUGACUGCUGAUAUUAAAGAAAUAAAUUGUAGAAAUAACUAUGAGAGCUCUCUUGAACUCUUUGAUUCUGAUAGUCCUGUGAAAGAGAAUUCACUUCUGGAAGAAACUGACCUUCACGAUAAAAAUGGAAUACCUGCAGGCCUUCUGCAUUUACCUGAUGUUAAGCCUAGUUAUGCAUUAUAUUAUACUGAACCACUGAAGAAAGCAAUGCUGUACUCUGAAGUUCAUCACUCUGCUAAAAGGUCCCAAGCAUUUGAAGAUACUCUAUCUACAUUUAACAUUGCAGCUGGAGACCACCAGCAAACAAAGAAAGUCAAGUUGACUUCUUCUCCAGUUAAUCCAGUUCUACUGGGACAGGGAAUUUCACGUUUUCAGAAAGUUCUGAAAUACCCAUCAUUGCUUAAGGACUGUUUCUGCAAAAGCAAGAAAUACACUGUUUUGGUCACUGUACUGCAUCCGUGCCAUAUCAAAGAAAUACAGAUAAAGCCAGGAACAAAAUUGGCAUCAAAAGUCCCAUUAGCCACAGUUGUUGUGUCAGAUCAGUCCGAAAUUCAACUGAAAGUUGUGUUGUGGAGAGCAUCAGCCUUUUGGUCACUUACAGUCUUUCCUGGAGACAUUGUACUAUUCACAGACCUUAUUGUAUAUGAGAACCACUGGGCUGGGGAAAAAAUGCUGCAGUCAACAUCUACGACUCAGUUAUUCAAUUUUGGAAGCUGUUCAACUGUGAAUCACAAUGAAUUUUCCCAUAUAGUGGAUGUUAACAUUCUCCAAGAUUUGCUGGCAUACGUGUCCUCAAAGCACGCCUGUCUUCAAGCUCUCCCAGAAAGGAAGACCCAGACUCUGAACAAUGUACAACAUGUUGUACUAGAUCAGCUCAAGCCAGAUAUUUUGGUACACCUGGUAGUGAAAAUUGUUGACAUCACUGUGUUAACAGAAUCUACAUAUAGCUUCAAAGGAGAAAGACAACGGAAAAUUAUUUUAACAGUGGAACAAGUCAAAGAUCAGCAUUAUGCUUUGGUGUUAUGGGGAGCUGUAGCAGCCCACUAUCCUCAACUUCAAAGGAAGAGAGAUCAUAAAUGGGAAUUUAAGUAUUUGUUUGUAAAGCACAGUCCUGUCUCUGGUGAACUUGAACUGCACACAACUCCGUGGUCAACCCUUGAGUGUCUCUUUGAUGAUGAUAGAAGAGCUUUUGAGUUCAGAGAGAAGUUUGAAAGGAGUGCCAAACCAUUGAUGAGUGUGACUGCUCUUGCUGCACAUCUAGAGGAGAAGCGUUCAGGAAUGAUCCAAAUGAAAGCCUGUAUCUCAGCACUGAAAUUUACUAUUGAUGCCUCUCCACAUGGACAACUUGUCUUUGAUGCUACUACUUCAUUUCAGCACAUAUAUAAUUCUCUUGCUCUGAUUAUUUUUGUGGGAUGUGCAAAAUGUGGACUUGAACUUCAGACAGAUAGUAACAAGAUCUACAAGCAGUGUAUGAGUUGUUUGCCCUCUAACAAAAUGAAGAUAUUCUACAGACCUUCAGUGAUGACAGUAGAAGAUGAGGGAUAUGAAGUGCGUGUUCAGGUGGUAUCAGAACUGAUGGAGAAGAUGUUCCUCAAUAUUCCAGCAGAGUGGCUGAACAGGGCCAUAGAGCCUUCCUUAGAUACAACAUAUGGCAUGAUUGUAGCAGAUCUAUGCCAUUCACUGCUGACAGACACAAAAGCAUCUUAUCUUUUGACAGUUAGAAGCCAUUUUGUAUUAGAUGAAAACAGCUAUCCUUUGGACAUGGAUUUCCAUCUGGUGGAUUUUCAUCUUGAUCUCUGAAGAAGGGGUCUCUGAUAGCUGUUUCUACCACUGAUUUCCCAAUGUGCCAAGUGACUUUAAAUAUGAUUUUUUAAUUUUAGAUUAGUUGUAUAAAAUCUUGCAAUUGUUGUUUUAUUUUUAUAGGUAUGGCAUGUAUUAUUUAUUAAUAAAAAUGGUUUCUAAUGAACA